GGAGACUCCGAAAGAGAGACAAACUAGCGAGAGCGGCGUUCAGUUUAACUUUAUUCCUUCAACGCGCCGCAGCAGCCGCUGGAGGGUGCCCGGCUCCCCUCAGCGGGUCCCGCCCCGCUCCGCCCUGACAGCGACAAGAUGGCGGCGGCCGAGGCGGCGUGGAACCGGCUGGACGUGCCGUGGCCGGCCGGCAGCCGCACGGUGCCCCUGGCGGCCCGGCACCCCGCAGGUCCCCGGGGACGGGCGGGCGGCUUGGCGGUUAUGGCGGUUGCGGCGGUUGCUGAGUGCCUCCCGCCCGCAGUGAGGGGCCUGCCGGCGCUGCGGCGCCGCUGCGGGGCGGCCGUGCAGGGGCUGACCGGGAGAGGCCCGGCCGUCGAGGGACGCGUCCUGCGGGGCCUGCUCUACGUGUACCGCCGCAGGCUGCUCCGGCACCGGCCAUACCUGGCCCUGCAGCAGGUGGAACAAUGCUUGAAGCGCCUGUGGAAGAUGAACUUGGUGGGCAGCAUUGAAACCCUGGCAGAACUGAUUCCCAGGAAAAAUAAAUCCCAGGCCCAUGCAGAGUACUUAGUUCCCAGCCAGCCUAUGCUGGAAACGGUGGCGGUGAAGGUACUGGGAGGCUGCAAGCUCAUUCUGCGUCUACUGGACUGUUGCUGUAAAGCAUUUCUCUUGUCCGUUAAACACCUCUGUUCACAAGAAUACAUACUUUUGAACACCGUGGCCUCGGGGUUGUUGAGCCGGCUAUGGAUUCAGUACAGAUGCAUAUUGCAGAGCCUCAUUUCCUUGUACGGUGUGCUGUCAACAUCACUGCGCCUGGUGUCCGAGACCCAGCAGAUGCCUUAUAUUAAGGGGUUUGCCUUCCCGUCUGAUAUCAGAAACUUUCUUGGAGCUGAUCUUUCUUCUGAGGUGAAGAAGCAAAAGGCUAAAAUCCUAGCAGCUAAACAACCCACCAGCUGGAUGAAGAAGCUUUUCCCAGCCGUGCCAAAGGCAGCGUCAGAGGCCGGGAAAAAGAGAGGCUUUGUGACUUGUGUGAAUGCCGUGAAAAACUCGAGCAUCCCUACGGAUGUUGGAGAGCCAGUUCUGGUGACCAGACAGAACAGAGGAAAGCACCUGGGGCUUGAUGUGAAGAGCUUACUUAGACCAUCCAGACCUCCGACACAGGAGGAUAGAUACAUUACAUCAACACCUUUUAAAGCAAUGUCAGAAUCGCUUUCCUGUUAUAUGGCAAAAUUACAGCACACCGGGUCUCUCAUACAGAUGUUUCAAACAGCUGAGUCUUUUGGGGAGCUGUCAGAGGCACUCAGAAAAGCUAUUCUGUGGUGCAAAGGCAACAAACUCAAGCCAGCAGCUUACUUUCUGCGUAACAAAUUGUUGAAAAGCAACCGGCUACACCAUGUGGAGGCACAAGGAUGCAGCCUGCAGAAGAAGUUGUGCUGUGUCAAAACCUCUGUCUGCAAAUACCUCCUGUAUGGCUCACAGAGCACGCGCUGGCCGAGGCAGUACCUGGGGGCACGGCUCUGGCAGAGGAAGAUGAAAUCGUCCAAGCGCUUGAAGAGAACUCGGACUGCACAGCAAAACCAGCCUGAGCCUUUUGCAGUCUGUGAGAAUGGGGCUUUACUCACCACUGGGCCUUCAGGUCAGGCUGGCCCUUCCAUUGCUUGCACAGCAUCUGACAAACUGAGCGUGGCAGGGACCCCGAAGCGGCCGCCGUUGAGAGAAAGCCCUGGCUCCAUGCAGGAAGAAGACUCUGACAACAUGGAUAUUGAUUCUAUCUUUGCUGCAAUGGGGGUCUGAUCCUGGACUGAGAGGAUGAGGGGUGUCUUUUUUCUACGUAAAACUCUCAGAAUACUUACAGUGUUUUGGUAACUCAUACGCUAAAUUCUGCUAAGAAAAUAACUAGUAUAUUUUUAUAAAAUAGCAUUUUUUUUUAAUGGAACAAUGUUCAAAACAGAUGAGCAAUCUUUCGCCUUUCACCUAGACUUUUCAGGAACAGCAGCUUUGUGUUACCUCUUAUUUAAAGUCCUUUCUCUGUUGCUGCACCAUCAGCUGCAGUGCAAAUAAUUACCACCUAAGGCAGAGGGCUGCAGCUGAUCACGUGCUGCUGCUGCUUAGGACCAAAAAGUUAAAGCUUUCUUGGAAAAGUGUCACUAUACUCCUCCUUUGCUGCCUCAUGCAGGUGACAGCCUUGUCUUGCAGUAUUACUGCUGUUCAGUAUUUAUUGUCCUCGUCCUGAAAUGGGGUUACCUGAAUCAUGCUGUUCCAGAAAUGGGGCAAAACACAGGCAGGGCCUGUAAGAGUAAACUUACCCAUGAACUUGCCUCCCACUGUCCUGAAGUCUUCUCAGUGUGCAAUUUCUGCCUGCUUGGCAAGGUAAGGUUGAGCUAUUCCACCACAUACUUAUGAAGUAACGUUAGAACAAGCAGUGAGGUCAGUGCUUUCCAUCAGUUGCAAGCCAAAGCCUAAGUCUCAGGAUCAGCAUCACCAGGAAGCUACAUAGAAAAAAUUCUCAGAACAAAGACUAAGCAGCUUUAGAAUAACUGCCCAGAAGGGGCAAAAAAGAUGUCUAAGUGCAAGUAAAUCUAGAGCAGGUUAACUUCAGCUUCCUAAUUUUACUUCCGGUAAAAAAA